AUGUCUUCCCCUCCGGCUUCCUCCCGUUCCCCCUCGACACCGACUUCCACCCAGCGAGUACGACAGUCAUCUCCCCCACCGCCACUGUCCAUUGGGUCCCUCAGUCGACGCAACUCCCGAUCCCAGAGCACACCAGGCCAACAAGCCCAGUCACCGAUAUCAUCGUCACUUGGGGAGUCUAUAUUCCAAUCGCUCUCAUUUGGGUUCAACUCGAAGCCGAUGCUGGCCGACGUGCUUGAGUCGCCGACGAGUGUGGAGCACGAAGGGUCUGAAACACCGCGCCCGGGGUUCGCCCAGCCAUAUACUUCCCGCCGACGAGUGACAAGCCCCGAGGCAGAGUACCCCCCAGUCACUCUCCCCGACUCCCACCAGCCCCGCAAACACCGCUCGACACUCAGGCUUUCCCGCCUCAGACCUGGACUCGGCAAGGACGAGAUGGCACAGCUUGAUUCUAUGCCGGUUACCUAUCCCCACACCCAUCCCGACUGGCCCCAGCGCACAAUGUCGAUGCGGCGACCGGGAUCAGCCGGCGAAAUAGCCCAUACUACCGGCAGCAAAGCCCGUGGUAUGCGAGUCCGCGCAAGCUCAGAGCUUUCCAGACCCUCCCAUUCCCUCUCGGCCAUUCUCCAGAGCGACGAUAUGCCGCCUUCCCCGUUACCAUUACCCCCCGUACCGUCCUAUUCCGCCGAGAGUGCACUUGUCGAUGAUUCCGAUGUCGAUGCGCCCACUACGCCUUCUCUCACUACUGCCCCCAGCUGCACCGCUUCUCGCUCCAACUCGGACGCACGUUCUCCCUCGUCUGCCACUCCCAAACCAUCCAUGUCCAAUCUCGACGACUCUGCCAGGCGUCCAAGCGAUCCCCAGUCCAGGCAGCACCAUUCCAACUACUUCAAGCUCAAGGGGCCGUCCAAAGAGCGGUGCCACGCCUUUAAUCCCAGUGUCGCUCCUUAUCCCUUGUCCUAUUCUCCCAAGUUGCUUGACCACUAUAAUCUCGAGGCCGAAAUGUCCCAUCGCACCAUCCUUAGUCUUACCUUCCACAAGUUUGAAACUCCCCCGGCCAAAGUUCUCGAUCUUGGCUGCGGCACCGGCCACUGGAUCCUCAAAGCCGCACGCGAAUGGACUCGCACAGAGUUUGUAGGUUUCGACCUCGUGCCCAUUCAGCCGAAUCUCGAACGCGUGACCGACCACCGGACGACCAAGUCCAAGGAUAACACCGAUUUACGGUUGCACGAACGCAUUCGCUGGGUCCACGGCAACUUUUUGGAGAAACUUCCCUUUCAAGACAAUGAAUUCGAUUAUGUUCGGUGUCGCAAGAUCGCGCGUGGGGUGCCCGAAUCCAAGUGGGAUCGACUCUACGAGGAAAUCGUUCGUAUCAUGAAGCCCGGAGCUGCAUUCGAGCAAAUUGAAGAAGAUAUCGUCUUUCCUACCGAAAAGCCCAACAAGCCCACACCCGCUGUGACCGUAUACCCUACUCCCUCUCCCUCGCGCACGCUCCCUACUCCCCCUUAUCUAUCUUCCACCUCGCUCUCUCAAUCCACCUCUUCAACGGUCCGGACCCAAGAGCAAUACCGACGAUCACCCUCGACGUCCGUUUCAUCCGUGAUUGAAUCUCCCAUCGAAGGCAGAAAUGUCGUGCCCAGCGUAUCGAGCACCGCGAGCCUGACAGGAUCCGCCGACUCGCGCACUCCACUGAACCGAGCAACGCUCGUCGUUCCCGGCUCGGCAACCAGCACAUCCAACCCGCCACUCCCCGACCCUCCAGCCCGUGACUCACGAGGCUCGAACGAAUCAAACGGCCACUCGCGGCACCAAGCCGCCGACUACUCGUUCCACGACCCGCGCGAACACAAGCGCCUCGAAGAGCUCUUUAUCGCCAUGCACGACGCACGGUGGAUCAACCUCAAACCGCUCAGCCUGAUCCCGCGGUUGAUCCAGGAGCACAUGACGGGCAUGAUGUCCUCCCCACCAGUCAACAUGUACCUCCCACCACGCCCGCGCGAGGGCCCCAUCCCGCAACUCAGCGUCGGGGCGCUCGAGAUUGCACGGGCGAGCGGCAACGGACUGGUGAAGCACAUAUCCAAGAUGCGUUCCUCGGAGCACAUCUCGCACGACGAAAGCAUGUUCUCGCCCCAGCCGCAGGACCAAGUCAUCGCGCGCUACGUCGCGUUCGACUUGUCCCGCAUGGGCUCGGUCUCCAAGGGUGGCGCGGGCGUCAUGCCCUCGAGCGCGUUCCGGCUCGAGCUCGACUGGCUCGCGUUUCAUUUGAGCGGCGCGGUCAACGAGGUUUUGGGUUGUAAAGAGGCGAUUUGGGAGUUUUUGAGUGAGCGGGAGCCCGGGUUUCAGAGGAGGGAGUAUGAUGCGAUUGUUAGGCAGUAUCAACGUAUGUCCUCUCUUGUUUCCACAGAUAUGCAAGACCGCAUCGGCCUGAGCUCCAAACUUCGAGAUACACUGCACUGGGGCCCGCCCGAAUCGGACUUUAUGAAGACACCAGAGCAGAGGAUGUUUGACGAACACUAUGCCCAGGCGGUCGCGCGGGACGUGCAGCCGAGGCCACUGUCGUUGAUGAGGUGUUACCGCUCGUUUACGGCGUUUAAGCCUCUUGUGGCUCCUGCUCCUGCCGAGUGA